GCUUAGAUGGUCUAUAAAUUGUCCUUUUUAUUCUUUUGGUGUAGUGUGGGAUUGUUCUAUGGUCUUAUGAUUGGCCAAAUUAGUUUGUGCUCCUUACAUCAUUGCAGUCAAAUUUGUGAUAUUCCUCAUAUGAUUACUCAAUUUCACAAGUUUUUAUCUAAGCUGCAAACCUGAUUUCCGUAAAAAGCUAAUUCUAGUAGGGUUGCAUGAUCUUAAGUGUUGAAUUCGUAGUAUUGGAUGAUCCCUUUGUGCAACUCACAAGGAUAUCUUUAGAAGUGAUCCAUCUGCAAACAACCCUUGGAACUUUAUUUUCGUCUUAAUUGGGACUCUGCUCUGUUACCUGUAAAUCUUUUCAAUUUCAUGGUGGAAAUCAAGUUAGAGAGGCUGCAAAGGUUGAGAAGAUAGCAACAGCCUUGGUUGAGGUUGGAGUUGGUUUUAAAUAGGAAGGAGAAAAUGUGUGAUAUGGACUUGAUUAUAUGGGAUGCUUAAAUCCUGCAUCAAGUAGGAUGAGAUAUUUGGUGUAGUUAAGUGGUUUGGUUCUGUUCCCCCUUGAGAUGUUGCUUUCAAGGGUAAGUUUCCCAAGUGCUUGUCAAUUAGUAUCAAAGCUGGUUGCUAGUGACAUGGAAAGCGCUACCUGCAAAGGGACGGGACAGAAAGGCUGAGUGAUGGGUCAUGGAGUGUCAGCCACUGGGAUAUCAACUCUAGGGACAAAGCUAUGGUAUAGAUUUUGGUACUGUGGGGAGCCUAAGUUGCACAUUCAGUAGCAUGGGAUUUUUGGUAGAGUACUCAAGUGAUUUGGUUCUAUUGUCUUACUAGCUAGUCCUUAAAGGGAGGGUUCUCCAAGUGCUUAUCAGAUGUUCCUCUGAACAUGGUUGGAAUUUAGUGCCAGAAAUGACUAGAAGGAUGGAGUUGAAAGGAGGGUACUAUCCAAGUCUAGGUGACUCUUAAAAAAGUUGUUUUUACUUGAGAUUGAAACUUUAAAAUAAUUCUUGAGGGCUUAAUUGAUCCCUCUCAUAAUCUUCUAUUUAUAAGAAUAAAUUGAUAUAAGAGUACAUGAUAGUUAGGGUAACCCUAAAUACAAUAUAAUCAUGAUAAAUAGGGUAACCCUAGACACAAUAUAAUCAUGAUAAAUAGAGUAACUCUUGACACAAUAUAAUGAUGAUAAAUAGGGUAAAUAUCUUAUUUGGUUCGGCUACUAAGUGUAUUAAAUAUGAUGGAUACUGAGUAGCAUCGUUUCUCAUGACACACCAAGUGUUUAGUUAUUUGUCUCAGUGGCGCGAUAGAGAAUAUAUGUUGUGAUGGAAUGUAUACGUGUCUCUUGUUUGUUGAGGUUUGGCAUUCAAUAGAAUUUUGGGAUAUUUGUGAGGUCAUGGUUCCUUGUCUUGGGAUGCUGAAACUGAGUAGGGAGUUGGGAGUUUCUAUUUUGUGGUUUGAAUUCUAGUAUUGGUUCUGUUUAGGUGAGAACUAUGUUGCACGGGUAUGGGGAUUGGGCGGUGGUAUGCUGUAAUUCUGAAAUUGUUGAUUCCAUUUAAAGUUGUUGUCCUUCCCUUAAGAGGUGUGUGAUAAGAGGGAAGCUUUUAGUUUCACAGGAAUUUCAAGUUGGGAAUGUUUGGUUUAUUUUUUGAAAAAAUAACAGCUAAAUAUUUGAGGAGGGAUAGAAUAGGGAUCCGAGGAGAAACAGUGGCUUUGAGUUGUUUGUUAAUACUGUUGGUUUUCACUUUCCUCUUGUGAUUAUUAGCUUCAAAGAUGGUGUCUCGUUUUGGUUUUGAUAGAUUGGUUAAAGGCUCGGAGUAGUCAUAGGACCACUUAGUAACUAGAUUGGUUUAAGGGGAAAAUGGAUAUUUUUUAUUUUAUUUUCUGCGUGUUGUGUGACAAGUCGUGACUUUGUAUUUUGGUCACCAGGUGUUUGAUAAAAUGUUUGACUGUCACGUACAAUACAUUAUUGCUUUGGUACGAAGAAAGUUAGUUGUCAAUGUGAAUUCCAGUGUGGUUGGUUUGUUUUUGUUGAUAGUGUUUUUUUUGUCAGGGUAAAAUGUUUAGGUGUUUGGGUAGAUAUAUGAAUAUAUUGUGGACAUGGUCUUAACUCUUAAGCUUUUAUCUUUUCUUCUCAAAGUAAUUAAAUACCCAUGAAAAAGUGCAUCUAUUAUUAGAGUUUACACAUACCGUGGUUAGAGCUUCAUAAACUUGUCUCGUACACUAGAAUUGUAAACUUGUAAGAGUUUACUUGUAUAAAACUGUAUUAAAAUAUCUGUCAAUAAUAUAAUAAUUUAAUAUUAUAUUAAAAUAUUUGUACUAUAUUAUGCUAUAAAUAAUUUUCGUAUUUUUUUACUGUUUUUUUGUUAUCAGUUGAUCAUAUUAUUUAAUAGUUCUUUUAUAUUUUUCUAAUAUUAUUAUACUUGUAUCAUUACACUUGAGUUGAUCUAUUAUAUGUAUUAUGUUUUGCAUAAAAGAAUGUUGUUGGACUUAAAGUGAGCCCCAACAAUCCAAAUGUCAAGAGAAGCGUAAAAGCACGCAUAAACUCUAAUAUAACUCAACUCACUAAUUUGUAGCCCAAUCUUUGAGGAGGACAGACAAGAGAUAGGAUACAGGAGUGCAGCGAGAGCUCAGAAAUCCAAGACUAAUCAAAGUAGAACGUCGAAACUUAAAACGACCUUAGAAAGACACCAAUGCAAUCCAGUGUUCAAUAGGCUAUAGCAAGCUUCAACUAGUUAGGAGGGGAUAUAGGGUUCCGGGAAACAUGUUGAAACAAAUAAUUGGCAGGACAUGCAGAACCAGUGCUUAUGCUUUUGAAGAAAACAGAGUUUUGCCUUGGAUAUAUCUGCCUUUGUGCUUGUUCCACAAUGGACGGGCACAUAUGGCACCUAGAAGCUUUUUUGGGGUAGAGGAUUUCCUUGAUGAUGACAAUAGCCGACCUUACACAUACCAAAAAGGGAAGAAGUCAAAGAAUCCAAACAAGCACAUAUCUUUCAAACAAAGAACGAUUGCGUACAUGGAGCCGUUUACACUUGAUGUGUUUAUCUCAAAACGCUUUGUAUCAGCUUCACUUACUCACAGGGUGACAAGCAAACAGGUUGCAGUUGCUGGUACCAACUCCAAGGACAUAAAAGCUGUUCUUAGGUCUCGGUCAGACAUACCAGCAUGCAUAUCCAUCGGUAAGAUUUUAUCUGAAAGAGCAAGAGAAGCUGAUGUUUACACUGCUUCCUACACUCCAAGGGAAAGGGACAAGUUUGAAGGGAAAAUCAGAGCUGUAGUUCAAUCACUCAUUGAUAAUGGGAUUGAUAUCAAGGUUUACCUUGAUUGAGUUGAUUAACUCAAGAUUUUGUGGCUAUCAGUUUGAUAUCAAUUGGUGAUCAUUGGUUUGGUUUUGUGGCUAGUUAGUUACUGCUUUUAUGGAUAGGAAGGUGGACAAGCAUUGUUUAUGGUAAUGAAACUAAAACAACUCAUGUUGCCGUAUUUUUAGGCUAGUAAUUUGGGAAAAUUAUUCAUGAACAAAGAAAUAUAUCUUUCAAACUCAUGCAUGCAAUUGGAUAACUCCUGGUUUCACUGUAACUAUCUUAGAGUUUGU